AUGGUCGAGCAGAACAUUGUGGCUAUCGUGACCCACAGGCAACCCUACGACCUCGACAGCAGCCUGGUGAAGUGCAAGCAGAGAGUAGAAGCCACUCAGGUGGUGGCAGUGGUCAAGAGGUUCCCUGAGUUGGUGAUCAACAACAAGCCAAUUGUGGCGCUCUGGGUUGCCGUGGCCGCGGGCCAGAGCGUGCAGUAUGUGGGACGAGUCCAGCAGUCUCCGAUCAUUGCCGGAGCCGUCCAGUUUGAGUGGUCCAGCGUCGAAAUACACACCACGUUCAAGGGGAGGGCCAUCGACGCUUUGCUCGACCGUGAGGGGAAUGUGUUCGAGGUGUUUGUAGACGGCUUCUCGUACACCGCCGCCAGCGGUCUCAGCUCCGGGGUUGUGCUGCGCAAGCGCACGGAGGCGCGGUUCGGCGUGGUCACCUUCCGCGGGCUCGUCGUGGCUGGUGGCUGUGCCGCCGGACGGCGAACGCUCCUUCAUCCCUGCAGUCGCGGAGACACCCGAGAAGGCCCAGUCAAGAACGUGGUCGACAAGGAGAAGGCUAAGGGAGUGAACAUCACGUUCAUCGACAGCGCUGAACCCGUCAUCAAGGCCGCCAUGGGCUGGUAA